UUGUUUUGUAUGAAAACUAUUUAGAAUGCAUCUCUCAUUUCAACGUGUUAAAACAGGCAAUUCACAUUACCAAGGUCUUGCAUAAUUAGGUCUAGUAUGAUCUGAACCUGAGUCAACACCAACCACCACAACGAGCUAAGUCAAAAUCGACGAUGUGAGUAGUUAUUACAGAAACGUGAGACAUCACAGACUUCACAACAAAUGUCUUACGCUCGACUGAGGAAGCAAAAGACAGAAGAUGUUUCUCUCAUGUUGGACAAAGCUGCUGUUCACGUCACAGCACACCAGGAGGAAACUUCUGAACAACAGCACCCGCUCCUUACAACACUUGAGACAAUACACAUCUGGCAAGACUCGAAGAGUUGUAAUCACUGGCAUAGGCCUCGUGUGCCCUCUUGGAACAGGGACUGAAAUCGUGUGGGAGCGUUUAAUCAGUGGUGCAAGUGGCAUUGUUGCUCUUCAAUCGGAGGAGUACCGAACUGUCCCAUGUAAAGUGGCAGCCAUGGUACCCAAAGGAGAUGAGGAGUGGCAGUUUAAAGGGGAGAGGUUUGCCACUCGUGGGGAGAUCAACAGUAUGUCGCCAGCCACUGUGAUGGCACUUGGUGCUGCCCAGCUGGCACUGGAGGACUCUGGUUGGUAUCCCAAGAGUCUAGAGGAGCAGCUGAACACAGGUGUAGCUGUGGGCAUGGGCAUGGUGUCUCUAGAAGAGAUCGCCCGUACCUCUGCCACCUUCCAAGCUAAGGGCUACAGCAAAGUCAGUCCCUUCUUUGUCCCCCGCAUCCUGGUCAACAUGGCCGCCGGCCACAUCAGUAUCAAACACAAGUUGAAGGGUCCCAACCACGCUGUGUCCACAGCCUGCACCACAGGGGCACACGCUAUCGGGGAUGCCUCCAGGUUUAUCGCCUAUGGGGACGCCGUCGCCAUGGUGGCUGGGGGCACAGAGGCCUGCGUCGGUCCCCUGGCGAUUGCAGGCUUCGCCAGAGCACGGGCCCUGGCGACCAAGUGGAACGACAACCCCAGGUUGUCAUCGCGGCCGUUUCACCCUGAGAGAGAGGGCUUUGUGAUGGGGGAGGGGGCUUCAGUUGUCGUCCUGGAGGAGAUGGACCAUGCCAAGCAGAGGGGGGCCAGGAUCUAUGCCGAGGUGCUUGGGUACGGCCUUUCAGGGGACGCCAGCCACAUCACUGCACCCACUGCAGAUGGAGACGGGGCUUUUAGGUGCAUGUCCGCAGCCCUCCGCAACGCAGGCGUCGAUCCUGCAGAUGUGACGUACGUGAACGCACACGCUACCUCCACGCCACUGGGGGACGCUGCAGAGAACGCUGCCAUCAAGAGACUCUUCCAGCAGCAUAGCCACUCUCUGGCCGUCUCCUCCACCAAGGGAGCUACGGGGCAUCUCCUAGGGGCGGCAGGUGCUCUGGAGGCAUCCUUCACCGCCCUGGCAUGCUACCAUGGAGUUCUGCCACCCACGCUAAACCUGGAUCACACAGAUCCAGAGUUUGACCUGAAUUAUGUGCCCUGCACGGCUCAGCAGUGGAAGACGAAGGGGCGGCGGAUUGCUCUCACAAACUCGUUUGGAUUUGGUGGCACAAAUGCCUCCCUUUGUCUUGCCAGUGUGUAGAAUAAGAAAGAAAAA